CUUGGCUCAGUCCCCUGCACCUCUUCAGAGACAAAGGAGGCCCUCCAUCAGCACUCAGUCUCUCCACGAGUCCAGCACAAGGAGCUGCAAGAUGCCGGACACAAUCAUGUCCAAGGAGCCCAGUUCCAACCUGGAGAGUGCCAUGCAGAUGCUCAUAAAGACCUUCCACAAGUACUCGGGGAAGGAGGGCGACAAGUACACGCUGAGCCGGGGCGAGCUGAAGGAGCUGCUACUAGAGGAGCUGGGGACCUACUUAGGGAGCUCCAAAGAUAACGAGGCGGUGGAGAAGGUGAUGAACGACUUGGACGCCAACAACGACGGGGAGGUGGACUUCACCGAGUUCAUCAUCCUGAUGGGCGCCCUCACCGUCGCCUGCAACGACUUCUUCCUGGAUGUCAAAUCGGACGAGAAACCAAAAGGAGAGGGCGACACAUCGAAGAAAGAUUGAGGCGGCGCAAGAGGGGAGAAAAGAGUGGAGGAGGAGGAGGGGGGAGGUUGAAAAGAGUGGGGGGGUGGAGGGGGAGCAGGGCUGUAAAUCAGGGGAGAUGCUCUUAUGCAAUCCGUAAAAAACACUUCAACUACACAUGAGGGGCAGAUAGUUUGUGGGUUCACAGAGCACGGGGCAGUCGUUUCUCUCACACCACAGCAGAUCCGGAGCCAGUCGCUCUCUGGGCGACUUCACACACAGACAGACCAGGGCUCAUUCUUCUUCCCUCAGCUUAAAUACAGCAGGUUGGACAGUUCAGGGUGAGGCGCCGGAGGGACAGGAAGUUCGACUUUUGAGCAUUUCUUGCACACGAAUAAUUUGUGAAUGUAUAUGAAGUAGCAGAUUAUCGUAUCAUUGUGAAUGUACUCAGUGUUCAGCAGCAUGUUUAUCCCCUUUUCUGUGCGCCUAUUUUGUAAUCCUUUUUGGUAAUAACCAAUGCAUUCUUCAAAAACAUUAAACAUGGCAUUUAA